AUGAUGUUCCGUUUCACCUGCCUGCUCGUCAUUUUCGGGGUGUUGCUUGACGGCAUCAAAGCUUUGUACCUUCAACCUGGUGGAUACGCCGGGCCUCAGACGGUGGAGUGCAAGGAUAGAGACCCGUCUUGCUCUGUGGAUGCUAAAAAUGGUUUAUGCGAUGUAUUCGGAGAAAAUUACAAAACGUUUGUUUGUCCGCUAAGUUGUGGAGUUUGCGGCUGCAAGGAUCUUGAACUAAAAUCGAUUUGCCAGUCGCAUAAAAAGCGAGAUCUUUGCAAUCGUACUGAAUACAAUACUAUGUGUAGAGAAACGUGCGGUCUUUGUGGAAAGUCUCAAUCUGAUAAUAUCAUGAAUACUAUCAUGAAUUACUAA